AUGGCCGAAGUCCAAUACAAUUUCCAGAGCGCUGUUUGGCACUACACGUACCGACAUGGGCCAGAAGCCGGCGUCGUCUUCCUCGAGUCCCCCCAGCGCUUCUGGAGUAACCAGCGCGGCUCCAUCGUCCUGCGGCAAGUCAACUCUACGAGCGCCAACAAGGCAUGGGUCAAUCGAGACCCUUCACUCGUGAAAAGGUGCCGAAGCGACCUCGAUCAGAGCAGUGGCGACGGUAGAGUCGACUUUCCCACCCUCUCUGACGCACACGGCCUCCUCAUAAAGAACGGCUGGGCUACCCCAGCCACAGAGUGCAAGUCGGGAGCCUCACCAACAAGGCAUAACAACAAUGACGAUGGCCACGGUGGUGGUGGUGGUGGUGGUGGUGCUGACCGACCUCUCGUCCCGUACCGUCGCGGUGAGCGCAUCUGGGUAGAGCACAGCCUCCAACCGUCUGAUGCGGAGGGCGACGAUGGCUCCAUCCCCGUUAUCAGCAUCGAUACCCUCCGUCAUUUCCGGGUACCGUCACGGUACAUCUGCUUCGUGCCGCAGCUUGUCCGGCCAAGCUUCGAGACGCUCCCACUUCCCCGAGGCAUCUCGCCGUCGGUAUUCGCCACGCCUGUCGGUCCAGCACAUGACAUGAGCGUCCGCGGGUGCCGGUAUAAGAUGCAGGCGUACUUUGAGUGGCCAUCGAAUCAGCCUGCUAGAGCGACUUGCAAGUGGGAGACUUGGCCGUCGUUGCCGUCAUCAUCGUCAGCAACGGCAGAGGGGGUGGUGGUGCCGAGGUUGCCGACAAGGUUUCAUCCCCUGGCGGACGUCGAGGAGAGGAGGAGGCUGUUUCGGCAUCACUGGGCUAUCCUGAGUGGGCAGUUUAGUGUCGCGCUGGAUGAUGACGCUGAGUCUAUUGACGAGAUUGACCUCGUCGAAAGGGGUAUUCGACAUGUUGAUAUUGCUGUUGCGCUUUAA